AUAUCCACUCUUCAACUCAUUCAUCAUCAUCAUCAUCAUGCAAGGUUUAUCUUCUUCAUUAUCAUGGUCAAUAACGUUCUCUUCAUCCAAAUUCAAACCAGUAGUAAAAGCUUCAUGGGACACACAACAAAGACUCCCUUAUAACCGCAACGCUCCUAGAAAACUCACCACUCAACCACCAAAACCACAAUCUCCUUCUCCCACUUCUUCUUCACCAGCACCUUCCACCCGUAAUGAAAAUUACAUUUCCGAUCUUCUCAAACGCGCCACUCCUCUUCCCACGAUAGGCAAAAUCGAAGAAGUACAAGAACACGAUGAAACCUAUUUGGGAUAUGAUAGAUGGCUUCCAACUCCACCUAAAGUUGUUAAGCCUCGUUCUGUUUUUAAUGCCGCUACCUUAGCUUAUAUUGGUGAUUGCAUUUACGAGCUAUAUGCUCGUAGGCAUUUUUUAUUUCCACCGCUGAGUAUUGAAGAAUUCAAUGAUCGUGUGAUGGCAGUUGUUCGUUGUGAGGCUCAAGAUGCAUUGCUUCAGAAACUUCUGAUCAGUAAUUUCCUAUCAGAUCAAGAGAGGGAUGUUCUUCGAUGGGGAAAGAACAUUAUUUCAAGCAAAACUAAGACAAAAAGGCGUGCUGGUGCAGCUGUAUAUAACAGAGCAUCUUCAUUAGAAACAUUAGUUGGCUAUCUCUAUUUGACAAAUGUGAAUCGCUUGGAAAAACUAAUGUUAGAAUUGGGAUUCUCGGUAGACUCGUCAAUGCCUUUGAAUUUGGAGGAAUUAAUAACAGGUGAGCUGAACAGUGGAUAAGGUAGAUCUUUGGGUAUUCUUCUCCUGGAGUAGGCAAAACAAGUAAACAACUAAUUAAAGAUUUUGUUCGAUCCAUGGUAUUCUUCGGCAAAGACUAUCUCAGUAAAUUGGCUUCCUCUUUUACUUGCUGGUGGGAUCAGAAUCUUGAGAUCAGUACCACAUUCAAAUGACAUACUUUACCAUGAUAGAGGAUCAGAAGCCUUUGAGUUCUUUUGCAACAAUAUAUGUGUUGUGUACAACAGUUAUAGGACCAUCUUUGUAAUUGUUAGUAAUGAUCUUCUUCGGAGAGGGGGUACAGUGAGAAGAAGACAGUUCAGUGAAGCUUUGGUUAUUUGACAGAUUUCUGGCUGGGUUUGCAACUCUGGUUUAAUUUGGUCCCGCAUUAUAAUUAGUUGUGGAAUUAAGUUAGUUGAAUGCUAAGGAACAUAGUGACCGAAACUUCUGUCGUGUAUGAACUUGUUCUGUAUCUCAAUUUUGGGACCAUGAUUGCAUACGGUAAAAUUUGAUUUUAGUGUUUUGUGUUCUGUCGUGUAUGAUCUUGUUCUGUAUCUCAAUUUUGGGACCAUGAUUGCAUACGGUAAAAUUUGAUUUUAGUGUUGUGUUCGAAUCUCAA